CCAAUUCGUAAUUUCGCUGGGGUGAGAGAAGUCCGUUGGUCACUACUGCUGCACCUGUUGGCUUUUGCCCCUGCCACGACUAAGAGGAUGGAGAAAAACAAAGUGCUAGCAAAAAAGAGGCUACGGGUUCCCACUCAGAAAAUGAAGGACCUGAGCUCCCCUCCCCCAAAUGAGCAAUCUGGGUGUGUUGCAUUUGUCAGAUGGGAGGAUGGUUAUACCGGCAAAAUCUUUAAAGGAUCUGAAAUUUUGGCAAGAGAUGAGGCUCCUGUGCAGCUGCAAGAUCUUAGAUCAGGAGACCCUGUUUUAGCAAAGUGGUCAGAUGGUAAAUUUUAUAAGGCCACUGUUGAAUAUAUUUCAGGGGAAGAUCAGGCUAAGCUGCCAAAAGGCCACCCAACUCCACAGGAGUCCUUUUUAAAUAUUUUAAAAGGCGAUGAGCCAUCAGACAUAACGUCAGGGUCUGACACCAUUAUAAUAGAUAGGAGCCCACUGUCUGAGCAUGGCAAGAAAAUCCCAUCGCUGAAUCCAUCACCUGACGGGGGACAUGCAACAGGCCGCAACACAGCUGGACCACCACCCUAUGGCUCUGCCAAAGGUGGGACCUUUGGUCCAUCACCCUACAGAAGCCAUACACCCAGCCCAUCACCGUACAGCCUCAACACCUCUGGUCCAUCACCUGGUGGAGGCCAUACACCCAGCCCAUCACUGUAUGACCUCAACACCUCUGGUCCAUCACCUGGUGGAGGCCAUACACCCAGCCCAUCACCGUACAGCCUCAACACCUCUGGUCCAUCACCUGGUGGAGGCCAUGCAGCCAGCCCGUCAGCGUACAGCCUCAACACCUCUGGUCCAUCACCUGGUGGAGGCCAUACACCCAGCUAG